UCCACCUACCAUCUCCACUACCACCCACCACCUCCACUACCAUCCACUACCACCACUCACCUACCUCACCUACUCCCAAAUCCUCUCCUAUAUAAUAGCUUGUAAUAUACAAAAUAUAUACAACAAAUCUUGUAACAACAAUACAUCAAUUAAUAAUACAUCUAUUUCUUAUACUCGCGAUCAGGUGGAAACAUUGCUACGCAAAGUGAAACCUAAUUUUGUUCUCUUUGACACCGCCCAUUGGAUACCAGAACUAGCAUCAAAGAUUGGCUUCAUGAAGAUCGUGUUCUAGAGUGCUGCUUCUGCAGUGACGGUGGCAAUCCAACUAGUCCCUGCACGUAAAGUUUUCGAGGACAUGACACUAAUGGAGGCCGAAAUGGCAAAGCCACCACCAGGCUACCCAUCUUCCACCGUGGUGUUACGCAGACACGAAGCUCUAGCACCGCCUGUCAUAUCAUUUGAAUUUGGCCGUUGAAUAACGCUCCAUGGUCGUUUCACAACCUCCAUGAAAGAAUGCGAUGCAAUCUCUAUUAGAACAUGCCAACAAAUUGAGGGACAAUUUUGUGACUACAUAGGAAGCCAGUAUGGAAAACCUGUGUUUCUAACAGGACCUGUCCUGCAUGAAGUGAUGAAAAUGGAAAGGCCGCUUGAAGACCGGUGGGCGAGGUGGCUGGAGGGGUUCGAGCGCAACUCCGUUGUGUUCUGUGCAUUUGGAAGCCAAUUGAUCCUUGAAAAGGACCAAUUCCAAGAACUUGUUCUAGGGUUUGAGUUAACGGGGCUACCAUUUUUAGUAGCCUUAAAACCGCCUGCAGGAGCGGCGACGGUGGAAGAAGCGUUGCCGAAGGGGUUUAAAGAGAGGCUUGGAGGGAGAGGAGUGGUUUAUGGAGGAUGGGUGCAACAUCCACAAAUAUUAGGUCACCCAUCUGUUGGGUGUUUUGUGAAUCACUGCGGAUUUGGAUCGAUGUGGGAGUCUCUAUUGAGCAAUGCUCAAAUAGUGCUUGUACCACAUCUAUGUGAUCAAAUCCUCAACACUAGGUUAAUGGCUGAGGAAUUGAAGGUAGCUGUGGAGGUAGCAAGAGAUGAAAAUGGUUGGUUUUUGAAAGAGAGUUUGUGCGAGUCUAUUUGCUCCGUAAUGGAUAAAGAUAACGAGAUGGGCAAAUUGGUAAAGAAAAAUCAUCUCAAGUGGAAAGAAACCCUAACAAGCCAAGGCUUCAUGACUGACAAUAUAGACAGAUUCGAAAAACAAUUGCAUGAGCUUUCUGUUUGA